CCCCCGGGGCAUUCUGCGAUGUUAAAGCUCGCGGCCAGUUGCGACUGCAUGGGGCGCGUUCCCGUGAUUAUUGAAGCCGUGCAGCCGCGUGGGAGACGACGUGCGGAGGGGGUUUCGUGGACGAGGUUUGGUGGACGAGGUUUGGUGGCGGUGAUUUACGGGGCGAGUAGGAGAGACGAUGAGCGCCGCCACGGCGCCACGGAUCGCGCGGAGCAGCGAGGAGUUCACGGACAACGGAGUCGUCACCCUCACCUCCAUCGAGCAGAAGCGCAUUGAAGACAUCAUCAAGCAAGCGUGCUCAUUAUUCGAGCCGCCCUUGUCUGAACCCAAUUUAUUUCGAGACAGACAUUAUCAGUAUCUGAAGAAAGGGCUGCAUCAUUUAUCGGACGCAUACGAGUGCCUGGAUGCCAGCCGGCCAUGGAUCUGCUACUGGAUCCUGCACGGACUGGAGCUGCUGGACGAGCCCGUGCCCGACAGCCUCGCUUCAGAUGUGUGUGCGUUCCUCAAGCUCUGCCAGUGUCCGGACGGCGGGUUCGGGGGCGGCCCGGGACAGCAGGCGCACCUGGCGCCCACGUACGCGGCCGUCAACGCGCUCUGCAUCCUGGGCACGGAGGAGUCGUACGCAGUCAUCGACCGGGAGAAGCUGCAGAGUUUCCUGUACCGCAUAAAGCAGCCCAACGGAGAUUUCUGCAUGCACCAAGGAGGAGAGACGGACGUCAGGAGCGCGUACUGUGCAGCCUCCGUGGCUUCCCUCACCUACAUCAUGGAACCCAAGCUCUUUGAAGGAACGGCCGAUUGGGUGGUCAGUUGUCAGAACUGGGAGGGUGGCAUUGGUGGCGUGCCAGGCAUGGAGGCGCACGGUGGAUACACGUUCUGCGGUCUCGCCGCCCUCGUCAUUCUGCGCAAGGAGCGAAUGUUGGAUCUGCAGAGACUCCUGCGGUGGGUCGUGAACAGGCAGAUGAGGUUCGAAGGCGGCUUCCAGGGCCGUACGAACAAGCUGGUGGAUGGCUGCUACUCUUUCUGGCAGGCGGGGCUGCUGCCCCUGCUCCAUCGAUCCCUAAUGAAUGAGGGGGACCAAGCGCUGAGCGAGCAGCGCUGGAUGUUCCACCAGGAGGCGCUGCAGGAGUACCUGCUCAUGUGCUGCCAGCAUGUUGCCGGAGGGCUGUUGGACAAACCCGGAAAGGCGAGGGACUUCUACCACACGUGCUACUGCCUGAGCGGUCUCUCGGUGGCUCAGCACUUCUGUAAAGACGGCUUAUCCAAGGAUACCAUCGUUGGGAAGGAGAGCAAUGCCCUGCAACCGACCCACCCAAUCUACAACAUCGACCCCGACAAGGUGGCCAGAGCUCUCGUCCACUUCUCCAAGUUGGGGAUUCCGACUCGCAUGUGCCCUGCUGACGAACCGGACAAGUUGAACCCCUGACGCAGACACUGACCCUCCCCCCCCCCACCGCCCCCUUGCCAAAGUCAAAGCAACACUCCCAACACCCACUCUGGCUAUACGGCCCUCGGGACACUAGGAUGGAACAUGGGCUGUCAGGACCGCGGCGUGCAGCGCGGCGAGUGAAAAGUGGCGAACGAGCGAAAUAUUGCUUCCGCAAUGGGUGCCGCUACUCUCGGGCAACGUUCGGAGAAAAUCCUCGCUGGCAAUUGUCACAGGCGACAACGUUUGCUGUGGCACAGCUAUGGUAACCUGUUGCAAGCAAGAUAGGUAAGAGAGAUGGAGAGACGAGGUACAGAUUAAUGGUCAUGUACAGGCGGUGUGUCAUGAUGCCAUGUGACUUGUCAUGACGCCACAACGUCCACUGACGUGAAGUCAUGUGACUUGCCAGCACACUUUGUUCCUUAAAAAAUAUGAGAACCCAGUUCUAGGGAAUAUUUGUCGAAUUCAUUGCAUUUGCUAUGAUCAUCUGUGGCAACUUGGUACCAAAGUGGCACAGAGUGUUGGGGUUCUGUCGAGCCAAUGAAAACUGUUGAAAAGUGUGGCUGAUGAACAGCGAUUGGUCAACAGGGCACACACCUUUUAGCAGUCAUGUGACCUCUGUAACCUAACGGGAAGUUGUUAAUGUUGGCGCCUGCUAAGUGGAACAACGAUCGGAUAUGUCCAUGUUUGGGUGACGCUUUUUUCUCCCCGAUGGAAAGUGGCGCAGCAGCUGUUGCAAGUGACAAUUAGAAGCAACGAUUCCUGCUCAAAAUUUGCCCUAGCGUGUUAUGGCCUUCGGCGACGCUUCUAUCACAAAUAUUGAAUUGAAAAACAAUGUUCUCAGUGUACUUGCCUUAUUAAAAAUUGGAAAAGAGCAUCGUACUGUGACGGAAUUUGAGUUUCUCAACGGAUGCGAUUCACGCGGGAAGCGGCGUUGUCGUGGUUCGCAUACCGCAGUCACGACAUUGGCGACCCAGGUUCGAUUCCUGAGCAUGGUGUGCAAACAACCGGUCACAGCUGGAAUUUACUCCUCACCUGGGUCUCUAUAUCUGGACCCAACAAAUGAGCACCCAGUGUCGUCAUUUAACGACAUCCAAAAUCAGGAAGGCAAAAGGUGACCGAGCAUACCUGUGCUGACAUUAAUAGGCGCUCUCGUGAACAAAGCUUUUCCUGGCAUUGGCUUUAUGCAACAACAUUGUGGCAUCCUAGUGUUCGGAGGGCCUCCGAAAUUUUCUUUGCGUCGUUUUACAAAAUAAACGCGCAAACUGAGCUCUGAUUUCUGAAGCGCAAGUCCCUUCUGCUUGAUCAUGCAAUCUUUUUACAGCGGUUCAAAUCUUGAAACAGUUGCACCCGAGCCGUGCUGUUGACGUUAAAAGUACUUGUUCAAACAUUAGUCCGUAAGGCCAAUCGGCUGAGUCUUGGAAAAGUUUUUAUUGUGUCCAUUAUUAAAUCAACCAAAGUGUCUCAUCGCAUAACCCCAGACAGGCUGCAAGAGUCUCAACGCCCACCUGCAAGCGACAGGGCAGGACAGCGGCUACAAUCGGCAUCCCUUCAGUCGGCUUAAUGUAUGCAGCAUGGCCCCACGUGACAAUAGAAAAAAAAAACAUUGUGAAACUUAAGAGGAACCGACACAUUCCGCCAAUAACACUGCCCCACAAAGGAAAUGCUAUAAUAGGUGACAUUGGCCACCCUUCUUCCCUGCCACUGCCCGAAAGCAGGCUUGAGGGUUAAUUGGAAAUAGCAACGCUUACAUAGGGGUUUAGAUGGCCAGCCAGGAACCUCAUUGGGUGCGGAAUGAACUUGUCAUCCCGUCGGGAAGUGAAUUAUAAGGGGCGACCGUUCGCGAUGCGUUCUGUUGAAGUUCGCCACGGGUGCAGUGCAGGUCGUCUUGUAAAUCAUCGCCCACGCGUACAUCAGAUGUCCACUUGAGUGGGAAGUGACACGUUGCGGUUUGUGUUUUGAGUUGAUCCACAAAUGUGACACGAGGCUCGACCUUCUGUGAGCAGCUCUGAAAAUGGACCUCUCUUUGUGCCUUAACAUCGUUUAAAAUAUCUGGGAUGUAAUGGAUGAGAAAACCUGAAGUAAGUGAAUAAUGUCAAUUGCACCGUUGCACUCCAUUGCCCUUUUUGAUGAUGGCCAUAUUGUGAAAGUCGACCUGAUGAGCUUUCUAUUGUUUCUCAAAUUCGGCCUCAAUGGCCGAUGCUGCCAUCAACCCCUUGAGUAGAACUCACAUCGUCGUCAUCUUCAUCAUACAUAAAGGGCCAGGUUCACGUGUUCACGAAUCGGCCGUCAGAACUUCACAUAGUCUUGGCGAUUUGUCCCAUUGUUGGCAAUGGAGAUGAGUUUUUACCAAAUAUGUUGGGAGGGAAAGAAUACAAUUGGCAAGACGUGAUUCUGGAUCCGACGUAUUCGCUCUAACAAAUGUUAAACUUGCAGCAUCAUUGUGUCAUCGCCUUUGGCUGGAAUACUGUUUCGGUUGACGCUUGCGUUAAGAGUCCGCAGGUUUAAUUUUUCAGCAAUUCGACAAUAAAAUUGAAAUGUAUCGGCUUUUGUUCUACGUUA